AUCCUCCACACUUGCUCACCUCAGUGUCAAGGCCAAGCCAGUUAACGAGGCUGUUCCCAUCAAUCCGACAAUUUCGCCAGUGGGACUCUGACCAAGACUUGAGGAAACAGCUGACGAGAUCACUAUUGCAUCAUACUCUGGUCUAACGACAUUCGAAGCAAUGGCUGCCGCCUUCUUCAACUUCCUCUGCCUCCCACGAGAGCUACGAGAUAUUAUCUAUAAGCGUUACUUGGCAGUCGAAGGGGGAUAUGUUUGCGACUUGCAGGCUUUCAUUGACGGCAAGGGGGAGGAGACCAUGGCGGCCCCAUCGACCUCAAUCUCACAUACGCGUACAGGGAAACGGCCCAAGAAACGGACGGCAUGGCCUUGCGCGUCAAUCAGAUUACAUUCAGCACCAUUACCUCAGAAGGCUUGCGGAUACUUGCCUCCCGCUUCUGAUCUCUUAUAGCCCGUGCUGAUCAGAAACAAAAUGCGAUCUUUCGUACCGCGGGGUACUGCAUCUCGGAUGAGGCGUACGAUGACUAAAGGGUAGAUACCCGCAGUUCAUUCCAGCCCUCGAUCGCCUCCGAGCCGAGCAAGGCCAAAUUCGACACAGUCCCGCGUCACGGGACGUUGGGCGAAGCGCCUGCCGCUGGCUCGGUCUCAUCAAUGAUUCUACUAGUUCUAAGAUUUCUCAGGUAAUUUAUACAAUUUUUUGAUAGAGUUAGGUGGAAGAUAUUACAGUCCUCCUCGUUUUCCAAGUGCUACUGUGCGCUCUGCGUCCGAGCAGCCUGUGAGAUAUUCUUCAGGGCACAGAUCCUUUCGGACUGUACAAGAAUUGAUGCUCAUAC